AUGACCAUCAUUGUGCGGUGCCAGAACACAACUGUGGAAUUUGAAUCUACACUUGCCGAGAAAGUCGGGCAAAUCGGAUUCACUCUUACCUCUGAGAUUCAGUUUGUGGUUAACUCAGUGCUGGUAGCCUUUGGCUGUCCUGAUUGCCGUAUCCUCUGCGAUGAUUCAUUUGCCCUCCUUAUACGGCAACAGACCCCUUCUGGUUCCUCCUCAUAUUCCCCCAGCCAGACUUCUGGUACACAGGGGACCGCCUCUCUUGCAGAGGAUCACCUUGCUGCUUGCCCUUCCGGCACCACAUUGGCAUCACCAAAGUUGCCGGCUACCCGCAGCAUCACGGAAACUGGCCACCGCCGGUUCCUGAAAGGCCCUACAAAGGUCUCUUGGGCAGAUGACAUCGAGAGCUCCCCACGAGAUGUCUCAAUAGGACUAGGGGGUGGUCAGACUACUGAAGGAAAUGGGAUCGGAGAUAGUAAUCAUGCUUCCCUGGGUCCCCAAGAGGAGGAUAAGGUUGCUUUGGUCGGUAAUGGAACAUUGUCUAUGGACUACGGCUCCAUGCCUCCGCUCCCGUCCACCUUGGCCGAAACUGUGUGUGUUUCUCCAUCCUCUCCUCAUGAUAUGCCGGGGGUGGUAUCCACUUUGACCACGGCUGAGGUGGACAUGUUAGAAGGGUUAGAGGAGAUGGAAUAUGGGCAGGUAGUUCCUGCAAUUGGCAGUGAGGAUGGUGAUGCCAUGGACAUGGCUAUGCAGUUGCGCAGGAGCUGCACAAUGGAGCACAAUGAGAUGGGAGAUGGUAUUUAUGCCUCCUCCUUCUCCCCACUAGCUGAGGGCUGCCCAUACUCAUCGAGUGACAAGUACGUUCCCAUUGUGGAACAGACUAUGAACAUUGACAGGAAGGGUAAAUACUUGCGAUUUACUGAGGUGGGCUUGGACAUGGCUUUUGACAAGUCUGUUCUAAAUAACUUGGACCACACAGUGCAUGCCCUUGGGAACCAUGUGGACCGCUUGGAAUCCCGUAUUUGUGAGUUGGAAGAUGAGAGAGAUACCGCUAUUAGGGCUGCUGGCCAACACCAGGCUACUGGAAGUAGACGCAGGGUCAAAACGCCUGCCCCUGCCGCUCUGACUGCCUCUACUCCUUUAGUUUCCACUGUCCCCGCCCUGGCACCUGCAGUGGGUACUUCAAGGCCGCCGCCAGCAGCUGUGUUAGCUGCAAAAACACGCCACGCAACCUUGGGUCAGCUGGCUCUUCCAAACAAACCAGUUAUUCCAAUCCAACCUAUUGUUACCCCACAGACAUCGGACAUCCCACUGCUACCGACAAAUCCCAGCUUUGCUAUGGCUGCUUCGGCGGCUGCAGGGGAAAAGGAGUUUACCUUGGUACAGCGAUGCAGGCUCAAAUCCCCUCCCCCUAUCCAACAUGUUACUAAACGGGAACACCAUGUGACUGUCCGCUUUGACUCACGUGAAUCCAAGGUCUGCCUGCCCACUGGGGUUAAUACAGAAAUGAUCAAGAAUGCCUUAAACAAGGUUCUUGUGUCCUCGGCCUCCCAUGCCCGAUUUGCCUCUUGUAUUCAACACCCCAUCUCUGGCGACCUCCUCCUAUGCCUUGCUCAACACUCCUCAACUGCAGUCUGGGGAUUUGUAGCAGCAAUGGACUGUACCUUGAUGGAGCUUAAACUCCACUCAUUUACAUUUUGUCAGGAUACUAAGAAGAUUAAGGUACUGGCCUCCAAUAUCCCCUUCUCUCCCUCCGGUGUUGGUACAACUUGGGAGGUAGAAGACUGGCAAGGUGAUAGUGCCUGUGAUGAUCUGUUACGAGAUAUUGAAUUGUCCAAUCCUGGUAUCCAUAUUGUUGGCCGGCCCCACUGGGUUGGUAGUCUGGCUGGGCACAAGUCCCACCAACACAGUUCAGGCUCUGUUGUGCUCACGGUCGAGCUCUCCCCAGGGGUUAAGUCAGCCGUAGACUGCUCAUCAGUGAUGAUCUACUCACGGCGUCGUCCUCUUCAUGUCUGGGUGGAAAUUAAAUCCAACUCCAUCUGUCACCAUUGUUUAGGGAUUGGGCAUGUUGCAGUGAUGUGCCGUGCCCCAGCUGCAUGCAAGUACUGUGAGGGGAAUCACAUUUCAACUGAGCAUACUUGCUUGAUACGUGGGUGUCCAGCUGGUAAAGGGUCUCUUUGCUCUCACGUAAAGUUGGAGUGCCGUCUCUGCACCGGUGUGGGUCACGUGACUGGGGACCCGGCCUGUCCUGACAUCCGACGGCCCUCCCGCGCUAGCUCAACUUCCUCUACUUCUUCUGACAAGGGGCUCUCUGAGGAGACAACCAUAGCGGAGAUUACAGACCAGUCAGCACAGAAGCUGACCAAGUCUGCCCAGUCCAAAUCAGUGGAUAAGGAGAACGCUAAGACGGCAGUACUGACUGCAUCCUCCCUGAAGGCCACUGGGUCUCAUUCCAAUUCCUGA